AUGUCUUAUUCACAAAAAAACUUUCUAAAUUAACCCUUCUAUUCUCCUGCAAAAUUUGAGAAUGAUUAAAAGGAUUUGAUGAUUUCAUAGUUGAAGGCUGAGAACUUCGAACUGAAACAAAAUGAUAGAGAUUACUAAGAAUUGGCUACACAUUUGAAAUCAUUAGAGCAUAGAUAUAAUAUGUUACACGAAGAGAAGAUGAGAAACGAAGUGGAAUUUAGAAAUAGAAGUGAUUAGACAUUAAAGACUAUUGCUAAUUUGAGAAAUGAAAUUGAUAAUUUGAAAUCGUAGUUAACUGAUAAGCAUAUUGAAAAUUAGGAGAUGAAAGCAGAGAAUUUGGCAUUCAAGGAGAUUACAGAGCAUAGAUCUUAAGAAAACCAAAGAGUUAAAAAGUGA